AUGCCGCGUCUGAUCCUUGCAGUAGCCGCCGCUCUCGUGCUGCUCGCCGGCGCCGGCGCUCAUGGCUUCCAGAUCGAAGAAGCCACCAUGGACACAAUCCAGCAGGGCUUCCGCAACGGCAGCCUCAGCUCGGUGCAGCUGGUCCGGUUCUACCUGGACCGCAUCCUCAGCCUGAACCCGCUGCUGCGCGCCGUCAUUGAGGUCAACCCGGACGCGCUCCGCCAGGCUGCGCGCGCCGACGCCGAGCGCCGCUCCGGCAAAUGCCCCACCGCGGGGGUCCUCCACGGCGUGCCCGUCCUGCUCAAGGACAACAUCGCCACCCGCGACGCGCUCAACACGACGGCCGGGUCUCUCGCGCUGGUCGGGUCCAAGACGAUGCGGGACGCCGGGGCGGUGUCCCGGCUCCGGCGUGCCGGCGCCGUGGUCCUUGGCAAGGCGAACAUGGACGAGUGGUCCAACUUCCGCGGCCUCCACGGCACCGACGGCUGGAGCGCCCGCGGCGGCCAGGCCAAGAAUCCGUACGUGCUCUCGGCUGACCCGUGCGGGUCGAGCACUGGCCCGGCCAUCGCGGCGGCGGCGAACAUGGCGGCGGUGACGCUGGGGACGGAGACCGCCGGCUCCAUACUGUGCCCGGCGUCGCUGAACUCCGUGGUCGGGAUCAAGCCCACGGUGGGGUUGACCAGCCGAGCCGGGGUCGUCCCCAGCACGCCUAGGCAAGACACGGUCGGGCCGAUUUGCCGCACCGUGAAGGAUGCGGUCCACGUAUUGGAUGCCAUCGUCGGCUACGACGCCCUCGACGCGGCAGCCACACAUGCAGCUUCCAAGUACAUCCCUCAUGGCGGAUACACGCAGUUUCUGAAGAAAGAUGGGCUAAUGGGGAAGAGGAUCGGCGUGCCGAAUGGCUUCUUCACCUUCCCAAACGGAACCGUGCAGCAGAGGGUGUACCAGCAACAUCUUGACACGAUCAGGGAACAAGGAGCCAUCGUGAUCGAGUACCUGGACAUAGCGAACCUAAGCGACAUACUGGAUACGCUGAACAAUGGCCAACAGAUUGCACUACCGGCAGAGCUCAAGCUGAGCCUCAAUGCGUACCUGGCAGGCUUGGCAUAUUCUCCGGUCCGAUCACUUGCGGAGGUCAUAGCAUUCAACAAUGCACACCCCGUCGAGGAGAAACUGGAGGAGUUCGGGCAGCUCAUCUUCCUGGUGGCCGAGAACACGACCGGCAUCGGUGCCACGGAGAAUGCGGCGAUCAGCCAGCUGAAAAUGCUCUCCACCGAUGGGCUGGAGAAGCUGAUGAAAGAGCAUGAGCUGGACGCCGUCGUGGCGCCCAACGACGCCUUGUCUCCGGUGCUCGCCAUCGGCGGCAUGCCGGGGAUCACCGUGCCGGCAGGAUACGGCAAGCUGGGGGUGCCGUUCGGUCUGUGCUUUGGUGGGUUGAAGGGGUACGAGCCAAGGCUGAUCGAGAUGGCCUACGCGUUUGAGGAAGUUACCAAGGUCAGGAAGACUCCGACGUUCAAGCCAUAG